AUGACUUCAAAUGAACAAAGAGGAGUUUCCAAAGAUUUAGGAUUAAUGGAAGAGGAUGAUGAAGAUUUGUUUGAAAUUGAUCUAGAAGCGGUGAACUAUAUUAUUCCACAACCUUAUAAUUAUUGGGAAAAUAAUUACUUCAUCUCUACGAGAGAAGCACUUCUUGCCAAUUGUUUGUUACCAAUAUCUCAUAUUUCUAGUGCUAUUCCAGCUUGUAACAAUGCAGUGUCUUUCGUAGGAAACAACAAUGUUUUCAUUGUCAAAGAGGCUAAACCAUUGGGGGAAUGUCUUAGACUACCAUUCUUGGGAGAUUUUGGGUUUAUAGAUGAGAAAAUGAAAGCAAAAUUUCAUUUUCAGUUUAAGACUUAG